AUGUCUGCUUUAAACCCUUCAAGCUCUGGUUGGCAAGUGGUAAAGAGGAAAGCAAAGAAAAUUGGUAAUAAAGUUGAUAAGAUAGUCCACAACUAUCCAAAGUUACCGCGAACCUUGUCAGAAGAGAGUUUACCUCUCAAGAUAGGAUCGAAAGUUUCAGUAAAUAGCUAUAACGCUUUUCUCGACGAAAACGAAUCGAGUGGAUAUAAGUUCUAUAGGGAAAACAAGAACGUAUAUAUUGUUGACAUGUCAAACGCAGAGCAUGGGGCCGUCGUAGUAUAUCUUAUACAACGUUUCGCCAUACCAAAUAAUGGUGCAAUGGUUGGCCCAAUAUACAUCUAUGGUGACGCAUUUCAUUAUAAUCCAACGGGCAGUGGGGAAAAAAUAGCAGCAGAUGUCGCAAUCCGUCCACUAAAAAAUUACGUACUACGACCAUCAAUUCCCCACCCGGGCCCUCCCCCUAGUGACGUUAACGGUUGUGCUCAUGCGAGAAUCGUUUGCGAGGUAGCUAACGCCCAAGGGGUCGGGCACUGGAAUAAAAAGUGUGAAACAUGGAUGCUUGAACCAUACGUUCGCUGUGUGUUCGGCAUCAAGCUUUUUCCUAAGAAGACUAUGGGAACAGCCGUUCACCGGCAAAUGAUUGCUAGAUUGUGGACACGAGAAGCAUCGGGAAGAAGUGUAAUAUCGACAAAUACAACUUUAGCAGACGCAGGCGUACACGUCACAGAGUGGGAUUUCGGUACUAUGCGGUAUGGCACUAAGACACCUACGCUUACGGAUUGCAAUGCAUCAAAUCUUGAUGCCUUUCGAGUGACCGUUCCGGUCUCGUAUGUUUUCUAUGACCCCCCACUCGUUGGGACAGUUCCUGCACAGUAUGCUGUAUUUGUGCCCAAUACAGUUGUUGGCCUUAAUUUUGUUAUCGAUUUAUACGAUGUUCAAAUGUUGGUUUUAGAAGCAAUGAAGUGA